AUUAUCUUAGAACACUAAUAAUAAAAAAACAGAGAGAAAUACAGAGAAAUAAAAAUAACUAGAAAUGUGAGGUUAAUUUUUAAAAUAAAUUAGGUUUGAUAUUUUUAAAAUUAAGUAAAAAAUGUUUACAUACUCGAUUUGUCGGACGUUUACUAAAGAAAUAGUUAAAAGUAAAUAUCCUUUAAAAAUAUCUGUAUUGGAUUGUGUUAAACAUUUUUCUCAGUUUAGGCCAAAUAAAGGCAGUUCUUUGCCGAAAUUGUUUUUAAAUUACUGCACAGAUGUUAAAAAGAACAUAAAUGUAGGGACAAUCGGUCAUGUUGACCACGGAAAAACUACACUAACAGCUGCCAUAACUAAGGUGCUACAGAAAGAUGGUCUAGCAAAAUAUGUUUCUUAUGAUGAGAUUGAUAGAGCUCCAGAAGAGAAAGCAAGAGGUAUUACAAUUAAUGCAGCUCACAUUGGUUACAGUACAAAAAAGAGAAGUUAUGCCCAUACAGAUUGCCCGGGACAUGCGGAUUUUAUAAAAAAUAUGAUUUCUGGUGUGUCGCAGAUGGAUGGUGCUAUAUUAGUAGUAGCAGCAACUGAUGGACAAAUGCCACAAACUAGGGAACACUUAUUAUUGGCUAAACAAGUUGGAGUAACAAAGGUUAUUGUGUUUGUAAAUAAAGCUGACUUAGUUGAUCAAGAGAUACUGGACUUAGUGGAACUGGAAAUUCGAGAGCUACUUGAGGAUUUUGGUUUUGAUGGAUCCAGUACACCAUUUAUAUUUGGAUCUGCAUUAGAUGCUAUGAAUGAUAAAGAAACAAAAUUUGGUAUACCUGCAAUUAAAGAACUUAUUGCUUGUUUAGAUAGUUAUAUACCAGAUCCUCAAAGAGAUGUUACAUCCCCUUUUAUGCUACCCAUAGACAAUGCAUUUACAGUUCCUGGUAGAGGAACUGUUGUAGUUGGAACAAUAUUUCGAGGUGUUAUGAAAAGAUUGCAAGAAGCAGAAUUGCUUGGCUUUGACAAUCAGUUUAAAACUAUUCUUACAGAUAUACAAGUAUUUAAGAAAAGUGUUGCAGAGGCAAAAGCUGGAGAUAAUGUAGGGACAUUGUUAAGAGGUAUAAAAUUAAAAGACAUAAGUAAAGGUAUGCUCCUUUGUGCUCCUAAUAGUGUUAAAAUCAGUAACAGGUUUAAGGCUAGUAUAUAUUUUCUGUCAAGUAGAGAAGGUGGAAGAACGAAACCUAUAACUGGCAAAUACUGCCAACAGUUAUUUAGUAGAACCUGGAAUGUAGCAUGUCGCAUAGAUUUAAGUGAAGAAGUUAAAAUGAUAUUACCUGGAGAACAUGGUUCUGUAGAUCUCACCUUGUUAUGGAAAAUGGUAAUGUUACCUGGACAGCAGUUUACAAUAAGAGAAAAUAACAUUACAGUUGCAACAGGGAUAAUAACUGAAACUUUACCAAGUAUAGCAAUUACUACAAGUUUAGGAAAGUUGGCAUUAUAGCGAUAAGAGAAC